AAAAUCCACUAGACCUGCCUGCAUAUUUUAUUUAUAUCUCUAGCUAGUUAAUUACCAUUCCAUUAGGGAUAGAUCCAGCUUUGAUCUUUGGAAAAUGGCAGAGAACCAAGAGACCAAGCUCUCUCAACAACACCCACCUGAAUCAAACCCAUCCUUGUUGCCCAGUGCAAAAACAACAUGGCCGGAACUAGUUGGCCUCACGGCGGAAGAAGCUGAAAGAAAGAUAAAGGAAGAUUUUCCAAGAGCUGAAAUUCAAGUGAUUCUACCUGAUUGCUUCGUUACCAUGGAUUUUAAACAGGAUAGAGUUAGAUUAUAUGUGGAUGGUUUUGGAAAAGUUGCAAGAAUUCCUAGAAUUGGCUAACUAGUUUAUUUAUUUGAAGACUUGCUAGACGUUUACC